AUGAGAAUAGUAUUUGAGCGUCGCACACCGACCGUGGAUUGGAAUGCCACGUCCUACGAAGGCGAAAUCCCAAUACCACAAGAAUAUCACAGCUUUAUCCUUCCCAUGGUGCUCAACUACCUGUGUCCACUUCCGGUGGCAGUGUUGGGACUGGGUGUGGUGGCUGCUGCUGUAAUGUCAUCUGCCGACUCCUCGGUCCUCUCCAGUGGAACCAUCUUUGCUAAGAAUAUCUACAAAGAUGUCAUACGUCCACAGGCCAGCGACCGAGAAGUGGUUUGGAUCUUGAGAGUAGGUAUCCUGGUCACUGGUACAUUGUCCUGCGUCCUAGCCAUCAUGGUGAAGUCAGUAUACGGACUGUUCUACUUGUGCUCCGACCUCAUGUACGUCAUUCUGUUCCCCCAAUUCACCUGCGUUCUCUGGGUCGGGUUCACCAACACCUACGGCUCUCUCACCGGCUACAUCCUCAGCCUCUUUCUGAGAGUGGCGGCUGGGGACGGCCUUCUGGGAAUACCAGCCCUCAUUCACUUUCCACUUUACUCAGAAGCUGAUGGUCAAUUGUUCCCAGUCAAGACCCUGGCGAUGAUAGUCAACUUUGCAGGAAUCAUAUCUGUGUCAGCGUUCACAAGGCAUAUGUUCCGACGAGGCUGGCUGUCAACCCGAUGGGAUGUGUUUAAUGUGAUAAAGAGAGAAAAGGACGCCAAGAGAGCUGAAGAACGAGAAGAAAGUCUUAUGAUGAAGGAACGAGAUGAUAGUAACGGAGACAUUGACAACGCACAAAAUCAGAAGAUGAAUCUUAGGUAUAACGACAUGCACUGA